UUCUCAGAGCUUCGUUCUCUAAGCAACCAGACUCGUCACGCGUUCCUGAUUGGUGGAUUUUCAAGUUUCCGCCAUUUUCAAACUUCCUUUGGCAGCGGUUUGAAUUGUGCCUUCCUUAAUAAUGUUGCCCCUUGAAAACAAUACAAAGUAAUAAUAACCACUUACACUUCCAUGUUUUGUUUUUAGAAUUGUUUUGGUGUCAUUUCGAUCCCGCUGUGUAUUUGUAAAUGGAGGACAGGGCGGAUCCCCAGAUCCAAAUUGCAUCAGUGAAAGAGAGUCCGAAACAGAAAGCUGGAUCCAAGAGAAGAAAUUCCUCCAUCAACUCUGAAUCAACCAGCCCAGAAAGCUGCAAAUCAAAGCGGCCUCCACUCCGACGAGGAAGCUCUUUCACCUUCCUAACUCCAGGGCCGAACUGGGAUUUCACUUUGAAAAGAAAACGAAGAGAGAAAGAUGAUGAUGCUGUUAGUCUGUGCAGUUUUGAUUUUAAGGAGCCAAGUAACAAACGGGUUCGACCUCUUGGAAGGGUAACGUCACUGGCUAACCUAAUCUCGCCUGCAAGAAAUGGCGCUGUCAGGCGUUUUGGACAAACAAUCCAGUCCAUCUCGUUUCGAGGGGAAGGCAAAUCACCAAGUGGUUCCCAGAAAUCGUGCAGCAAAACUGCAGCCCCAACCCCACCAAAGAGGCGUAACAGCACUCUUUGGUCUGAGACUCUGGAUGUUUCCAUGAAAGGAAACUUUUCAGCUAAAGAAAUCAAGAGACAGGAGGCUAUUUUUGAACUGUCUCGAGGGGAAAAAGAUUUAAUCGAAGACCUCAAGUUAGCCCGGAAGGCUUACCAUGAUCCCAUGCUGAAGCUGUCUAUUAUGUCUGAGGAAGAACUAACUCAUAUCUUUGGGGAUCUGGAUUCAUACAUCCCUCUGCAUGAAGAUCUCUUGGCACAACUUACAAAGGCAACAGGGCCAGACGGAACUGUGGGGCAAAUCGGUCACGUAUUUGUGAACUGGUUGCCAGGCCUCAAUGCUUAUAAAGCGUACUGCAGUAAGCAGCUGGCAGCAAAGACACUCCUGGAUCAGAAAAAGCAGGACCGUAGAGUACAGGACUUUCUCCAGCGCUGCCUGGAGUCUCCAUUCAGCCGCAAGCUGGACCUCUGGAGCUUCCUUGACAUUCCACGAAGCAGACUGGUUAAAUAUCCCCUGUUGCUGAAAGAGAUUUUAAAACACACUCCCAAUGAUCACCCAGAUGUGCAGAGCCUGGAAGGAGCGAUUUCCAUAAUCCAUGAAGUCCUUUCUGGUAUCGAUCUUAAGAAAGGUGAAUCUGACUGCCAGUACUUUAUUGACAAACUGGAGUAUCUUGAUGACCGGCAGAAGGACCCACGUAUUGAGACAAGCAAGACAUUGCUCUGCCAUGGAGAAUUACGGAACAAAAGUGGAACAAAACUUUAUGUAUUCUUGUUCCAAGACAUCUUGAUUUUCACUCGCCCGGUUACCCGCAAUGAGCGGCAGUGUUAUCAGGUGUAUCGUCAGCCCAUCCCAGUGCAGGACCUGGUUCUUGAAGACCUGCAGGAUGGAGAUGUCAGAAUGGGAGGUUCCUUCAGAGGAGCUUUUAGCAACUCGGACAAAGCUAAACAUAUUUUCAGGGUGCGAUUCCAAGACACAACUCAGGGUCAGUCCCAUACUUUACAAGGCAACGAUAUCUUCCAUAAGCAACAGUGGCUCAACUGUAUCCGUACUGCUAUAGCAGCACACCAACCGGCCCAGUCCCCAACAAGAGAAAGGGAGCUCCCACAGCUUAAUGAGGAACCAAAAUGCUGUUCCCCUCAGGCAAGGAACAUCAAAGUGAAGAGGUGGUCAUCUACCCUUUCUGGCAUUGUUCAUAUGGAGGCAGAUGAAAACACUUCCGAGACUGGUUCUAUUGAGGACACCACAGAGGAAAUUGAAAAUGUACAAACUUCAGUUCGCAAAAAAACAUCUAUACAGAAAACAAAAAAAGAAAAGUCCCGAUCAAUAGGGAAAAGAAAAGAAAAGUUGGUGUAAAUAAAAGCCAUUGCUGGGCUUGAAAAAGACUAUUUAUAAAACUUGUUUUCUAAGUAAUAGAGCAGUGUAAUAUUCUCCUAAUUGUUAUGUUUUUUUAUUUUUUUCUUUGUAUAUAUCUUUUUAAUGGCAGCUACUUCAAUGCAGGCAUCUGUAUUGAAAAACUUAGGGUCUGUUUUAGGGGUUCAGGGUUAAGUGUUCAGGGCUUUUAUGAUAGAACCUUUUCUGUUCCAUCACCCAGUAUAGUGACAGUUAAAAUUGGUUUUACAGCAUUUGUUUAAUUUUCAUAAAACAUUUGAAUUUUUUUUUUUUUUUAAAUAUAUAUAUAUAUAUAUAUAUAUAUAUAUAUAUAUAUAUAUAUCAGUACUGUAUUAGCAUUUUAGCAGUCGUCAAACAAUGGCAUUUGAUUCAUUCACGUUGUAAAUUGUUUGAGAAAUGUAAAUAAGUGGACAAGAUUUUUAAAACAGACCCCAGGUUCAAUAGUUUGUACUGGAACACACUGUCUUACAAAUGUAUAUUCCUUAUUGUACAUAUUUUAUCCUGCCAAGCCAUGAAUUUACUAUAUUGGUUAUCUUUUUUUUUUUUUUUUUUCAUUAAAGUAAAUUCAGAAUUGUUAUUUUUAGGUUUUUAGUUUUGUUCUUAAACAAUCGGCGCAUAUAUAUAUAUAUAUAUAUAUAUAUAUAUAUAUAUAUAUAUAUAUAUAUAUAUAUAUAUAUAUAUAUAUAUAUACACUUUGUCCUUUUUUGAUAUGGUAUUUUUUUUUACUGAAAGAAUUAUAAACUGAGCCACAUUGGUUUUAAGCCAACAGCUAUAAAACAGAUCAAACCAUCCAAUGUAGCGGCUUGCAUGAGGAUUUUUUGGUUGUUAUUGCAGGCAUGUAAAAUGCUUUUUGUGGGGGACUACUGAGAGAGAACUGCCAUGUAAAUGUUUGAAAUAAAGAGGUAAACCGGUAUGUUACAGAAGGUUAGUGAGGAAUAUAUAAUGGAAGGGGAAAAAAUGGUGUACAUUGAAAAUGAAUUGUAAUGACAAAAUGAACUAAAGAAAGGCUUCUGUGUAAAUUGAUCAGCAUGUUAAAGAAUACAAGCAUUGUGCAUUUUAAAAUGUGUUUUGCUCAUAUGAGGGAUUUCAUUUUGGUAUAAAAAGCUAAGUGUGAAAAAAGGAUGAAAAAAGGUAUGUUGGGGAAGAUGAGUUUUGUAGAAAGAUGUGGCAUGUUGUAACUUGGACUGUAAAUAUAUGGAUGUUUAUGAAGGGGCAGUUCUCUGUGGUGUACAAUAUCAAAUUAUGAAGUACAAUAAAAUUCUAUGUAAGGAAA